AGUUUUAAUUUGAUUGUUGAACCGUUUCUUAUAGAUCUGUUGUGUUGUGUUUAAGUCGAAGAAUGACUUUUUCUCAGCCAGAGGCUAUUGCCCAUAUCGCUAAUCUUGUUGGAGGUACUGUAUAUGUGACACAACCAGCCAAGUCUGUUGAAUCAUCAUUUACCAGUUACUUUCCUAAUGCAAAUAUUUUAAUUGAUGCUAAUGAUGCAUAUUUUGCUAUUCAAACUGGUUUAGAAACAAAUUCUAUUGAUGAAUUUACUACAGUUACUACUAGUGGAUCAACUAUAUUUAAGAAUUUACCAUUUUUAUCUUCAAAUAUUUUUUCAAAUAGAAAAGUUGUAUCCCAUGUUGAACUUGAUUCAUUUGAUUUUUCAAUAGUUGCAAGUUUAAGAGAUUUAAAUUAUCCUGUUAUAAUUUCUCAAACUCCAAAGGAAGCUCAAACUUAUUCAGUAUUAGCUUAUAAUUUAGCAACUAAAUUAAAUACAUCAGUAUUUCAUUUUUUUGCUCCAUCAUCAUUUAAAACUGAUGAAAAAUUUAAAUUAUUAGAAUUAACAAAUUCAGUAAUUUUAAAAGAUCUUGAAAAUAUUGAAAUUGAAAAUGUUUAUGGUGAACUUAAUGUACCAUUUUUUGAAAUUAUUAAUUCAGUUAAUAAUGCUAAAGAUUCUAUAUUAUAUUUAGGUCAAUUAAAUAAAGAAUUAAUUGAUGCCAUCACAAAGGAAAAUACUUUAUUAAUUUCAAUUAAAGUAUAUCAACCAUUUGAAUUAUCAAGUUUAUUAUCUAUUAUUCCAUCAAGUGUUGAAACUUUAACUUUACUUGAACAAUCUACUAGUUCAUCAAAUUCAUUUUCUCCUUUAUUAUUAGAUUUUUUCCAAAGUUAUUCUAAAUAUCAAUCAUUAAAGAAUUUUACAAAAGUCGUGGCUGCAAAUCUUGGAUUUGUUUCCAAUGAUAAAUUUGAUUCAACAAUUUCGAAUUUAUUAACCAAUUCAAGAUCAAAUAAUCCUAUUCAACAUUUAUCUUUUGGUAAAGUUAAUACUGAAUUAACUACUAAAUCUUAUAAACAAAAAUAUGAUGAACAUAUUAAAUCAAUUAAUAAUGCUCAUUCUAAAGAACAAGCUUAUUUAAAACUUUUAAAUCAAAUUAAUCCAGAAAAUUUAACUAUUUUAAAUGAAAUUGAUUCAGAAAAUAUUGGUCUUGAAUCAAAUCCAGAAUUUGGUUAUGGAUCUUUCUUAUUUAAUCAAGAAAAGCAACAAGAAUUAAUUAAUUUGGUAUAUAAUUCUAUUCAAGAAAAUUUAUUUCAAUCUAUUGAUAAUGCUAAUUUAAUUGAUCUUUUAACUAAAUGGUUAGUUUUAGUUAGAGAAGGAAUUAAAAUAGAUAAAUCAUUAACUAAUGAAAUUAUUUCUUUAUUAAAUACUGAUGAACAAUCAUCUUCAACAAGAGAUAUCUUGAAAUUAUCUCAGUAUUUUUAUGUUGAUAGUAAUUGGUUAAUUGGUUCUGAUAGUUGGGCUUAUGAUCUUGGAUCUUCGGGAGUUCAUAAUUUAAUUUCUUCAGGAAAGAAUAUCAAUAUGUUAAUUAUUGAUUCAGAACCUUAUAAUGAAAAGAGUAAAACUAUAAAUGGACUUCGUAAAAAAGAUAUUGGGUUAUAUGCCAUGAAUUAUGGAGGAGUUUAUGUGGCAUCUGUAGCAAUUUAUUCAUCUUAUACUCAAGUUUUACAAGCUUUUAUUGAAGCAGAAAAAUUUAAUGGUCCAUCAAUAAUUUUAGCUUAUUUACCAUAUAAAACUGAAUUAGAUUCUGCUUUAUCAAUCUUACAAGAAACUAAACGAGCAGUUGAUACUGGUUAUUGGCCAUUAUAUAGAUAUGAUCCAAGUAUUGAAGAUGAAACUCAAUCAUUUAAAUUAGAUUCUUCAAAUUUAAGAAAACAAUUACAAGACUUUUUAGAUCGUGAUAAUAAAUUAACUUUAUUGGCUGCAAAAGAUCCUUCACUUUCAAGAAAUUUAAUUGCUUCAGCUAAUAGUGAAAUUAGAAAUAAACAAAAGAAAAUUGCUGAUGAAUCAUUUGCUCAAUUAUUACAAGGAUUAUCUGGUCCACCAUUAACUGUUACAUUUGCAUCUGAUGGUGGUAAUGCUGAAGCUUUAGCUAAAAAGGUUAAUAGACAAGCAUUAGGAAGAGGAUUAAAAUCAAUAAUUUUAGCCAUGGAUGAUUUAUCUAUUGAAGAUUUAUCAACUGAAACAAAUAUUGUAUUUAUAACUUCAACUUCAGGUCAAGGAGAAUUUCCAACUAAUGGUAAACAAUUUUGGGAUGGAAUUAAAAAUUCAACUGAUUUAGAUUUAGCUUCAGUUAAAUAUUCUGUAUUUGGUUUAGGAGAUUCUCAAUAUUGGCCAAGAAAGGAAGAUAAACAUUAUUAUAAUAAACCAGCCAAAGAUUUAGAUUCAAAAUUAAAACUUUAUGGAGGUAUUGAAUUAGCUGAAAUUGGAUUAGGUGAUGAUCAAGAUGCUGAUGGAUUUAAUACUGGAUUUAAUGAAUGGAUAUCAAAAAUUUGGAUUGCUCUUGGAGUUGAUAAUAUUGAAGGAAUUGAAGAACCAAAACCAAUUACUAAUGAAGAUAUGAAAAUUGGUUCUAAUUUCUUAAGAGGUACUAUUGCUGAAGGUUUACAAGAUCAAUCUACUGGAGCCAUUAGUGCCGUUGAUCAACAAUUAACUAAAUUCCAUGGUAUUUAUAUGCAAGAUGAUAGAGAUAUUAGAGAUGAACGUAAAUCUCAAGGAUUAGAACCGGCUUAUGCCUUUAUGGUUCGUUUAAGAUUACCUGGUGGUAAAGCCACUCCAGCUCAAUAUUUAAAAAUGGAUGAAUUAUCUGAUGAAAGAGGUAAUGGUACUAUUAAACUUACUACUAGAGCAACUUUCCAAUUACAUGGAGUUGUUAAACAUGAUUUAAAACCAGCUAUUAGAGGUAUGAAUUCUGCUUUAUUAGAUACUUUAGCAGCUUGUGGAGAUGUUAAUAGAAAUGUUAUGAUUUCUGCUUUACCAAAUAAUGCUAAAGUUCAUUCCCAAAUUUCUAAAAUUGGUACAUUAAUUUCUGAACAUUUAUUACCUCAAACAACUGCUUAUCAUGAAAUUUGGUUAGAAGGUGAAGAUGAAGGUGAUAAACCAGGUGAUCGUGAAGCUUGGGAAACUAGAAAAGUUGGACCAAAGAAGAAGAAAACUUUAGUUUCUGGUAAUGCAUUAGUAGAUUAUGAACCACUUUAUGGUCCAACUUAUUUACCAAGAAAAUUUAAAAUUGUUAUUACUGUUCCACCAUAUAAUGAUGUUGAUGUUUAUGCUCAUGAUAUUGGUUUAAUUGCUAUUGUUGAAGAUAAUGAAGUAAUUGGAUUUAAUCUUUUAGCUGGUGGAGGUAUGGGAUCUACUCAUAAUAAUAAAAAAACAUAUCCAAGAACUGGAUCAAUGUUUGGUUAUGUACCGAAAGAUAAAGUUCAUAUUGCUUGUGAAAAGAUUAUGUUAGUUCAAAGAGAUUUUGGUGAUAGAACUAAUAGAAAGCAUGCAAGAUUAAAAUAUACCAUUGAUGAUUUAGGAGUUGAAGUAUUUAAACAAAAAGUUGAAGAUUUAUUAGAUUUUAAAUUUGAAGAAGCAAAAGAAUUUGAAAUAAAAUCAAAUGUUGAUUAUUUUGGAUGGACAAAAGAUGAAUUAGGUUAUAAUCAUUUUACUGCAUUUAUUGAAAAUGGUAGAAUUGAAGAUACAGUUGAAUUACCUCAAAAGACUGGAUUAAAAAAGAUUGCACAAUAUUUAAAUGGUGGUAGAUCAGGAGAAUUUAGAUUAACUGGUAAUCAACAUUUACUUAUUUCUAAUAUUGAAGAUAAUGAUUUAGAUGAAAUUAAAUCACUUUUAUCACAAUAUAAAUUAAGUAAUACUGAUUUUUCAUCCCUUCGAUUAUCUUCAGCUGCUUGUGUUGCAUUCCCAACUUGUGGUUUAGCAAUGGCAGAAUCUGAACGUUAUUUACCAGAAUUAAUUAGUAAAUUAGAAACUUCAUUAGAAGAAUAUGGUUUAAGACAUGAUUCUGUGGUUAUGAGAAUGACUGGAUGUCCUAAUGGUUGUGCUAGACCAUGGUUAGCUGAAGUUGCAUUAGUUGGUAAAGCUUAUGGAGCUUAUAAUUUAUUACUUGGUGGAGGUCAUCAUGGUCAAAGAUUAAAUAAAAUUUAUAGAUAUUCUAUUAAGGAAGAUGAAAUUCUUGAUAUUUUAAAACCAUUAUUUAAGAGAUGGAGUUUAGAAAGGUAUGAUGGAGAACAUUUUGGUGAUUUCUGUAUUAGAGUGGGAGUUAUUAAACCAACAACUGAAGGUAAAUAUUUCCAUGAUGAUAUACCUGAAGAUGCUUAA